UUGUUGUUUAUCGAACAUGUUGUCCUAUAUUUUUGUUGUUAUUUUCAGUGGUUUAAUCCUUUUAACCGAUGGUUAUAAGAUGAUACCCACCAAAAUUAGUAGCUGCCCGGUAAAAGGAAAAGCAUUUCCUAUAGAAUGUAAAUUAUUAAAAAACGAAAAAGGAGAAAAUGAGUUUUUUAUGACAACAGAUCUGCCAUUUGAUAUUAAUGAAGAAUUUACGUUUACUCUUAAAAUUUCCACUUGGGCCGUAACAACUUGGAUACCUUUCAAUCAGGAAAUUCAAGGAAAAUUAUUUGAAAAUAUAGACAAAAUUAUACCUAAACUUUGGGAAAAAUUGAGAGGGCAAGUAAAACCCGCUGUUUCUGAUGCACACCUUAUUAAAGCUGAUAAAUAUAUUUUGGAAAACUUUCAAUGUUCCAUGGACGAUAUUCUGAAUCCAAUCCAAUUGAGAGGUAAAUUUAUGGCCACUUUAAAAAUGUUUAACCCGCAAGAUCAAGAAGUUUUGUGCCAGUCUUUGGAAAUGUUUGGACAAGAUUAAACACGUAAAUAUUGGUGUAAUGUUGGUGGAUGGAUUUGUUUAAAAAUAA